AUGCAAUCAUUCACGUCCAUUUUGGCGUGCCUUCCUUUGUUCACUUCUGUACUUCUACCAUUACCCUUUUCUCAUGCCGGUUUAUUAUCCCAACCGGUGAACAACCCCAACAACAACCAGCCUCUUGAACCGGGCGAGUACCCAUCUUCCAACACGGUCCCCGCAUUCCCGGUUCAGACCGAAGCCCAAACCUGCCGGCUCGACCUCUCCGACGAGCUAUUCGGUGGGGUGAAGGCCGCAUGCGGGAAGAAUCUCGACCGCAGCCGGUGCUGCCCGGUCCUAGCAGCGUGGCUCUUCGCCGCACACGCCCACACAGCACUUGAACUGUCCGGCGCACCAUCUCCGGCGCCGUCAAGCGGCGGCGCCGGAGGAGACCUCCCGAUGAUGCCGGACGACUCGCAAAAGUGCGUGAACUCGCUCCAAGACUCGCUCCUGAGUCGCAACAUUAGAAUCCCUCAACCAAACGCCACGUGCGACGCCAUUCUGUGUUUCUGCGGAAUCAGACUUCACCAGAUAAGCUCAUUGUCUUGCUCCGCAGCGUUUAACGUUUCUGAUUCUCUCAAAAACGCAACCCCAACUGUUGCCGUUCGCAACUUGGAAAACAAUUGUCGUAACUCCUCUUACGCAGGUUGCACCAAGUGCCUUGGUGCCCUACAAAAGGUGAAGGGGUACAAGAACGAGACGAAGGGGAAUGGAGGGAGUGAGAGGGUAAAGAAAAUGUUCAACAGGGAUUGUCAACUGAUGGGUUUGACGUGGCUGUUAGCGAAGAACAAAACGGCAUACAUACCCACCGUUUCGGCGGUGUUGCGUGCAAUGAUGUACAGUGCGCAUCCACAUGAAUCAAAGUGUAGCCCUGACCAGGAGAACAUGCCGCUGGCCGUUGAUUCACUUCAGUUCGACAGUGGCCAUGCUUCAUCGUGGCCGUCCAAGUUUUGGGUUACGUUUAUGCCCCUAAUCAUUCUCGUUUCUGUUCAAUUGUUGGCUUGCUAGGGUUGUUGUCUCUCGGUCACGUGAAGCUACUCGACAAAAUCAGCAAUUUAGGGUUGUUUUUUUUUACUUUUGGGGUUUCAUUUUUUUGCACUCGAUGUAAAUUUCAAACUCCGUUGACAUGUCUGUAAUUACAUGCCGUUAGUGCUAUCAGGAUCCUC